UUUAAUGCGGAUUCGCUUUGAAUUUUUCCAUUUAAUUUUAAUGUUUGUGAGAAAAAAUCCAGCAGAAAAGUGACUUUCUGUGGCUAAAAGUGCGCAAAAGUACAUCGGAAACACGGCAAACGAUUCCGCUGCACGCACGCGAAAAGUACAAAACAAAUAAUUUGAUGCGGAUUUGAGACGCCCCCAUUUUUUAGCAAAUAAACAUUUGAGAAAUCUUCUCUCAACGCGAAAAACGAAAGCAAAAACACGCAUUUGCGGUCCGCGGGAAGCCUUGAAACGCGAAAAUUUCGUGGCAAAUUGCAAAAAAAAUCACACGAGCUUGUGACUGCGAGAAAAAGCGAGCAAUAAAAAAGAGAUAAAAAUCCAAUAUCAACAGGACGACAAAAAGGAGAAAAAAGUUGAAAAUUAAUGUCUACGAAAAAUUCGGAAAAAUAAAGUCGAAUUUUGAGAGAAACGCGUGCAAAAUCGAGUGCAAAUCGGGAGAAAGUGCGAAAAAAGGAGGAAAAACUGCGAUUGCUCGUGGCCCGGAGUGCGAAAAACGACAUUUACAUAGUAUGUCAAUAAAGUAAACAAGAUACCAUCUUGAAAUGGAUGCAGUCGAGUUCGGAUAAAAUUUCAAAGCUGAGUACACAAAAGAGAAAAAAUUGAUAAUGAAUGGGUUUAAAACAUGGAAAUAGAUGUAAAACAAAGCACUCAAAGAUCAAAACGAAGAAAAAGGGCUCAACGCAUGCAAGCGGAGAGAGGGAAAGAGGUUGUUCGUGGGGGGGAAGUAGAUAGUGGCGAAGAGGACUACGGCUCUCUUAAACGAGACAAAUCUGUUCGUCCCCCCGUUCGACGUAAGCGAAACAAAGACAUAUCGCCAAUCUUGGAGGAAGAUAUUAUCGACGGUUUUGCGAUAUUAGCCUUCAAAACAUAUGAAGAUUUAGAGUUUGCCAUAAAAAUCGCAUCGAAACGUAAUGAGAAACGCCUGUCAUCGAUAAUUGAGCUGACAAAGUUAAUGGCGGACGAAAAUAUAAGCGACAUAAUAUCCAAGUCUCAAAAGUCAAAUUCGACAAACGAGAACAAGCCUCGUGAUGGCGAACCAGAUCAAAAGGGCAAAAUUUCAAAUUAUAUAAAUCAAAACGCGUACUGUCAGGAUGCUGGAACUUCUGACGAUAGCGGAAGAGCGUCGGAAAGACUCACAACUUCCUCAGUUGCACAACGAGACGCAGAAAGUUCUCGCGAUAGGCUAAGUGAUGCAAGUAGCAGAUGCAGUUCUGGAAAGGGUUAUAUCUGUGAUAGUGAAGGAGAUGACGACAAAGUAUCUGAUGCGGGAUCCGGAUUCUCGAAUACUCAUCCGUUUACAGCGACAACAUCAAAGUCCUCGAAGGCAAAUAGCACGCCGCCGCCGCCCGUUGUCGAUGGCAACGCGUCAACUAAUAACGUAGAAUGUAAGACUGAUGUAGAUCAGAAAGUUGCGACAGAUCUUCCGCCGCCUGCGUUGCCGCUGUCAUCAUCGGCUCCCGUAUCACAAAUCGACAAGCAAAACGUUCAAGUGCCAAGUCGUAUCGACGAAAAAUGUAGCAGUGGCGACAAAAAUACUCAAUCCACGAGUUUGAUACCUCCGUCGCCCGUCAUCACGGUAAAAACCGAGGAAAUUAGCGCCGAUGUGAAUAGUGUAGUGGUAGAUCCCGCGGUAGAUUCGAAAAACGCACUGAACGACCUCACAAAAGAAACGAAAAGCACAGAAAAACGCGAGAACGAACAGCCCUUCGGAGUUCCUAUAAAAGUCGUGAAACACGAUGCAUCAGCGACAGACCCAAGCGGCAGUUCAUUUCUGUACAGAUCUCCGUAUGCACAAACGCCUCCCGGAUUUCCGCCGUAUCCAUAUCCCGUUCCGCCGCUCGUUGAUGCGAAAGAUGCGUCUUCGAUGCCUCCCGCGUUAAAUAACAAACCUCUCAUGGCAUCCGGAUCGAAAUCCGGAGACAAAAUGGAGAAAAACCCGUCGCUUCCUGUGAAGGAACGUGAUAAUUUCAGUGACAUCGAUUCCUUAUCUGUAUCCAGUGUGACGUCAAGCAAUACAGCUGUUGUACAGAGCCUGCCGUCGUCAAAAGUUUCGAGUAUUUCCUUUCCGCGACCCAUGCCCACGAAUGCAUGGCCCCUAAGUACAACACAAACGACGACAACUUCGACGCCGGAAGUCCCGAAACCCGCAAUAAGUGUGGGAGGAGCGAAAUCUACGCCUCCUCCGUCGACGGCGACAACGAGUUCGUCGACUUUCGCAACGCCCUUACCGCCUCCAACGACAACAGCGCCAUUAUCGUUCUCAGCAGAGUCACUUUUCUCAACGAAACCAAAAGAUCAAACAGAUCUGUUACGUCGCGAACUAGAUAAUAGAUUUCUGGAUAGAGCUGGUCUCUCAACGUCAUCGUCAACGAGUAAUCCGCCGUAUUUACGGCAAGAGCUACAUCAUCAUCAGCACCAACACACACAUUUGCAUCAACAUCACCAACAAAUCAUCCCGGCAGUGAAUCCCGCUGCUCCCAACACAAUUUUCUCGGCGCCUUUAUUCAAAGACAUUCCAAAAAUUGGAGGCGUUGAUUCUCCAUUUUAUCGUACUGGAAUUAGUGUGCCCAUGUAUACAACAUAUCCCCCGACCAUUUUGCAUCCGACAAUUGGAGCGGCGACAACGCAAUUUAUUCCGCAAAAUUCACUGUCGACUUUUAUUCCCAAAAAAACUGGAAGAUGGAAUGCCAUGCACGUUCGAAUCGCUUGGGAAAUUUAUUCGCAUCAAACAAAGCAAAAUCCGGAGAAAACGAAUCCUCUGAAGGCGACGGAAGUAUUACGGAAUCCAUCGCAUCUGCAUUCCCCCGCAUCUGCCGGCGGAUUACUGAGAACGCACGAAAUGAUGCCCGGAUCGUAUCCUGCGCAUUUAAUGGCAGGCAGAAAUAUCUUCGAUUCGUCAAUGAGUCCACAAUUUUUAAGUUCAUCUAGUCAUUUAGGUAUGUCACCAUUUAGUCGAUAUAGUGCACCGUUUCCUCCAUCACCCUUUGCAACAAUGCCUGGUUUCGCGAGAGAUUCGGCGCUUGGGGCUCCAUUUACGGGACUUCAUGAUCCAUGGAGAAGUUUACAAAGACCUUAUUUGCCAUCUCCUGCUCCCCCGAAUUGGGCAAUGAAGCCUGAUGUGUCGAAUAUUGAAAUCAGUAAACGUGAAGCGGAAGAAAGAGAGCGACAACUAAGGGAACGAGAAGAACGGGAGCGUUUGAGGCGUGAAAGGGAAGAAAAAGAACGACAGCGUGAAAGAGAUCGAGAACGUGAGGAAAAAUUAAAGAAAGAAGCUGAACGUGAACGCAAAGAAAAGGAAAAACGCGAGCAAGAAAGACGCGAAAUGGAACGCGAACGAAUGUUACAGCAGCAGCGAAUGAACGAAAUGAAACCCAAUGUUCACAACAACGUCAUGAGUCACGAUCGAUCUCCGUUGCGAAAUGGCUGCGAACCCGAUAUGCGAAUAAAAGAAGAAUCUCGUAAAGAUGACGACGUCAUGCGAAACGAUCCGUCACGCUUUUCAUCGUCAUCUAACCCAAUGAUGGGCACUCCAAGUCAUGCCUACCUUUCGAGCAGGCACCCGCAACACGUAUUAGGCGUUAGUCCGUCACACUUAUCCCGCAGUAUUUUACCUCCGCAUCCCGGUUCGAGUUUAUCGCACUUUCCGCCGCCUCCGCCUCCCUCAGUGUGGUCUGGCGUCGAUCCGUAUCGAGACCCUUAUCGAUUGGAUCCGAUGACACCGCUGCGAUAUAAUCCGCUGAUGGAAGCGAUGCGCGCCGAAGAGGAACGCGCAAAGGCAAUGUACUUGCAUUAUCGACCAAAAGAUCCGGCGGCGUUUCCCAUGAUGCAUCACAGGAUGCCGACGGGCGGUCCGCCGCCACCCUCGAUGAAUUCGAUGAAACCAAAUGGACCAUCACAUAUUCCGCCAGUGAGCUCAGAUGCACUGAAAAAGGACGAUUCGUCACAAAACCGAUGAUAAAACUCAUGAAUUAAGUUCAUCUCAUCUGAAAAAAACACAAAAAAAACUAAAUCGUAUUUUAUCUGGCUGAGAAAUCAGUGAAUUAGCCAAUAUUACUUAAGUUUUACUUUUUAUAUAGAAUUAUUAGUUAUUCCAAGCUACUUUUACACGAACAAUUUACAAAUUUUUUUUUUUUUUGGGUCAACUUUCAAGUUGAUUUAUUCCUCAAUUUGCCCAAAAAUACUGAAAAUUGUUCAAGAUGCUUUUGUACAUGUAAAAUGUAAAUUGAUAGAUAUUAUUACAGUAUGUAUUAAAAAUUAGGUAAAAAAUUUUUUCAUUUUUUUUUUAAUUUGAAGCCUUACUUCAUGCAAAAAAUUGUAAAUUUUUUAAAUAAAAAAAUUGCAAAUAUAAAAAAAAUUGUGAGGCUUUCAAAUCUUUAAUCCAUUGUAAAUUUUUUGUGAUCAUGUAAUAAAAUGAAUUACAGUAGUCCAUGUGUGUUAGUUUAUAAAGAAAAAAAGAAAAAAAAAAUGUUAAGAGGAAAGAUAAAUAUACUACUUAAUAUUAAAGUUGUUCCCGGUACUCUCGAUCGAAUUUUUUAAAAAAUUUUCGGUCGAGUUGGAACAACUUUAAAUCCUCUUGAAUUACAAAA